GUUCUCCACUGCAAGAUCAUCGCCCAUAAUGGGAGAUAACGAGGACAGCGUUUGUUUUGACUCCGACGGCGGCCUGCUCUUCAAUAGGAAGCGCGUACCGCUUUUGGAGGCCAAGUAUGGCCCAGAAAGUACAAUGGCGGUGGUGUUGAACCUGGACCAGGACAGCCCAAACGUGAACACGCUGACUCUCUACAGAGAUGGCCAGCGAGUAGCAGAUCCUCAGCUCCUCCCGGAAAGCCUGCAAGGGAAG